AAUCUCACUUUUCAUUGGAUGAACGAACGGAGCGGUGCACACGAUCAACAAAAAAUUCAUUUUAUUUUUAAACGCUCAUAAAAACAACUCCUAGUUGAAAAAGAAUUUUUAAAUUAGCAAAUUCUUAGCCAAAUUUCUAUUAUAUUUUACUAUAUAAUCGGCUAAAGAAAAAUCAACGUAACAUGAGUUCCCGUAAACCAAAAUUGAUCGUAUUUGACUUAGACUGGACACUUUGGCCUUUUCAUGUGGACACAAAUGUUGACCCUCCAUUUACAAGACUUCCCAAUGGGAAUAUCAUAGACCAAAGAAAAAGAGAAAUUGAGCAUUUCCCUGAAGUACCAAAAAUUCUGGAACGGCUUGUCUCUGAGGGAUAUCAAGUUGCUGUUGCGUCCAGAACAGGCGAGAUUAAGGGAGCUGAGCAACUGCUUCAGUUGUUCGAUUGGAACAAAUAUUUCUCUUACAAAGAAAUCUAUCCUGGUUGCAAAAAGACUCACUUCAGCAAGUUCAAAAAGAACUCGGGCUUUGACUACAGUGAGAUGUUGUUCUUUGAUGACGAGUAUCGAAACAUUAGAGACUUGGUCUCUGUUGGGGUGUGCUCAAUUUUAGUUGACGAGGGAGUUGAUUCGAGCGUCAUUGCUGACGGACUUAAGAAGUAUGCAGAGGGAAAGCUCCAGUGAUCCCCAAAAGUCUUUGUUAAAUGGACAUAACCUCUAUUUAUGGCAUAACAUGCGGCUGGACCACACUUAUUUAUUUAACUUAUAGAGAGAGCUGGCAUCUAAUAAAUUUCGCAUAGAAAAGAAGAACAGAACAAUGGAUUCAUACAAAUAAUUGAGUUUUCUUAAAGGUACGGUUGCCACCCACUGAACAUGAGUCCCAAGUUAUGCGGAUCUUGCGCCUUUUGAAUCAGUCUACUUACUUGGCCCUCGACACUGUUAGCCAUUCCUUCUUCAGUGCCCAUCAAUUUCUGCUGAAUGCGAAGCAAGGCCCUUUCUGCCAUCUGAUUGGCUUCAUCAGUCAGCCCUGCGAUUUUUAAUUUUUAUAAAUAUUGUCAGGUUAAAAAAGCAUUCAGAACUCACUGUCAACUCUGCCUCCUUUCAUGCCACUCCUGUCAUUCUGAUUUUCUGACAUAGCGAUCGUCCAAACAUACAUGGGGUUGUAAAGCAGCACUUGCAAAAUCGUGAGAAUUGUCUUUUGGUUAUCACGGAGAACUUGCAUUGCAGCUUCACAUGAUCUACAAAAAAAUAAUAAUUUGAAUAGAGUGUGUAAACAAUUUAAGUUACUCGUACUUUUUAAAAACUCCUUCGACUCCAGAUAUUCCAAAUCCAGAUUCAAUAUCUCUUGACAAACGGAAAGGAACCAGUUCUGGGAUCCUGAGUACUAGACCUUGCUCAAAUGCAAUUCCAAAGUCGAUGUGAAUCACUUCAGCUGUGCUUGUGUCAAUCAAAAUGUUUUGCACAUGUCGAUCACCCAACCCAAGGAUGUAUCCAAUCAUGGAAGAUGCA